UGUCCAUCCAGAAAUCCCUACUGACUCAAUAUAUCCUCAUCUCGUUAAUUUGUCCCUUUCUAUAUAUAUUAUAUGCUGUUUUCAUCUAUACAUAUAAUAUUGGUAAGAUAGAAAAUGUACAACGCAGUUCGAUCAAUUAGGAUACUACCACCAACGGCAGCUGUUUUCUCUUCAAAGUUGCCAAAUAACAUCAGCAGGAUAAUUUGUGGAGUCAGAUUUGCACAAGCCAUGUCAGGGCCUAAUCAACCUCAGAGCACUGAGAAAAUAGACCAGUCUCAGGAAUCGAAAAAUCAAAGAGGGGAAACGAUUGCUUCAUUUGGUGAAGGAUAUGCAACGAGGUCUGAUGAAGAAGGAUUUGGAGGAAUCUAUGGAGGGAACCAGUCUAUUUCAAAGGAGGACGAUGAAAAAUUUGUUCAUGGAAAUGCCCCGGAAUACGACAAAUCUCAAGGGAGUGAAGUGAAGGAGAAGGAAAGAGCUCGAAACCAGAACAAAGUUGAAUCGUAAAGCUAAGGGACCAUUUCUGUUUAAUUGAAGGCCAAAAUUACAUUAAUUUCCUUUUAUUCUUUUUUUCCCUUUAACCAGAAUGAUGGGCAUUUUUAGGGUAAAGUUUAAUUUCUUAUAGUAAUAAAAAGAUUGUAAUGAAUAAGAGGAUUUUAGACGUCUAAUUUCCACUUUCACUUGGUCCUGAGGGGACACAUUCAUUUGUACCGUUUUAUUUAUUUAUUUAUUAUUUUAAAUUCUUU